AUGACUUCUUUACAAAGCAAAGUAGACGCCGCCAAGGCGGCGGCAGCAUCGACCGCGACAUGCACAUCAGCAACCUCGGUGCUCCUCAAAGACCUUCUCGCGACCGAGGCCGAGAACCCUGCGGGGGCGCAAAAGACGACAGCUAGGACGACGAAAGCAGCGACGAUGACACGAGGAAAGCCGACGGGGUCGGCCCGGGCUGGCACGACGGCGAGCCAAAAGGAGGAACUCACGCCAAAGGAAAAGGCGGCCCUGGCGGCGCACAUCAUCAAUGUCGCGCUCAAGUCGCUGACGGAGGCAUCGAAGCCUGCACCCGCCGCGCAGCCCACGACACCAUGCCGAAGACAAAACUCGGGCGACGACCUACGGAAACCCCCCAGCAAGCGGACCCUGAGACGGUCCAACUCGAUGCCGAUGACCCCGAUGCAGCCACGCUCGCUGAACCGGACCUCGACCUCCCCCAUCAUGACGCCGAAGCCCGCAAAAACGACAACCACUACGACGGCGCCCGCCAUAUCUUGUCUCGCCACCGUUGAGUGUUUGCGGACUGCGUUCGCAUGCCUGAGAUCCCUCCAGACCUCCGGCGCGGUGAUGCUUCCAGACCUGCAGCUUGAGAGUGGCAUGUCUUCCCUCGUUGGCAAGCUCGUUGGGCUGGGGCUCCAGGAGCACGCGUUGAGGGAGCUGACGGUUCUGAAACGAAGACUCGACGCGAUGGGCACUUCGACCAAGGCCAAGGCGAAAGGAGGCAAACCGACCGCGGCGGACACCAAGGUCAAAGGGCUUGCGGAGCUCUUGGACUUUGGCGAUGCCAAGUUCUCCGGACCGACUCUUGGUCUUGUCAUCACGACUCAGACACAUGUCCUGCGUCUCAUGUCCGCGACCAAAAAGGCAGCAGUCAUAGAAGCGGCGUUGCCGUAUAUCGUCUCUUCUUGUCCGACAUCGCCAACAAACCUCCUCCUGGAAUCAGCCAAAGAGUCGGCGCAAGCCAAGACCAAGGCUGCACGGCAGCUUGACCUGCUCUCCCAGUUGCUCCUGUCACUGGCGCCCAGCCUGUCGAGUAAAGAUGACGAAGUGGCCGUAGACUCCCGCCUGAGCUGCUCUCCCUCCACCGCUCUGGAACUGCAGGCGCUGGGUCUGGAGGCGCGUUUGCACUGGUGGCCCAUGGUCGGCCACAAGGCAGACGUCGACAAGGACAUCAUUUCGCCACUUUCUAGAUGCAUCACUUCCUUCAUACGCAGAGCCAAAUUCGACCCGGUUGGGGCGUACCGAAAAUCUUCCGCCGUCUUUGACCGCAUCAGUGUCAUGACCAAGGCCCAGCGUCUGGAGGCCGCCCUAUCGUCAAAAUCCCCACUCGCCGUGAUCUACCAGGCUUUGGGCACGGUCGCCCAGACUGCUCGGUUGUACAAGGAAUCGGCCGAGUGGAUCUCCAAGGUCAAGGGAACCCUGGACCCUGCGAGCGACUCGGCAGCGAAGUGUUGUGCGGUCGCUGCGCAGCUUGUGGCUGUCUACGCGAAACAGACACCGUUACCUCAAGAACAGCUGUCGACGCUCCUGAAGGAAGUCACUGAUGCACUUCAGGCAUCGCUCAAAGGCGACGUGACGGAGUUGGAGGAGCUCAUGGUCAACCUGUCUGCUGCCCGUAGAUCGGUGGUCGGCAUCUUGGCCAGCAAGACUACUGACACGUCCGACAACCUUGACGAACUAUUAAACAAUCUCGUACUUCAGUUCCCCCGGUUCGCCAUCCGAUGGCUCGGGAAAGCGCCGACAAGAGACGCCUCGCCGAAAGAACACGUGCGCCACGAGUCGAGGAGACAAAUCCUGCUUGCAUCCGUUUCCCAAAUCCUAGAUUCGGCCUUGAUGGUUGCCAAAUCACACAUCGACAAUGACAAGAUGACCUGGGGAUCGCUCGAUGCCCUUCUCCAGGAGUGUCUCAUGCUGCUCGAAUCUAUGGGCGACAUCAGCGCCGCCGGCUCCAAAGCAGACGCUGCAAGCUCCCACCACGUCAAACUUUCGCACCUCUACUUUAUGUUCUUCCACUGGUACCGCCGCAAUGCCGAAAACAAGCCCGGCGACAAGACACUCCUUCGGCCCUGA